CCUAAUUGAUUCUCAGAGACGACCUUAUUUUGACAUUUUCGGAAGCUUCUCGACCAAACCACACUCUUCCUUCUUCUCCAUUUCUCUAUAUUUCUCCUCACUUUCAACGUUGCUUCUCAUUCUCUUCGCCAUUUCCAAAUCAGAUCAUCCAUUGUGAUAACCAUUCUACAAUCCAACAAUGGCGGACCAAGAUCAAGGCGCCGUUACUGUCUACAGCGGAUCCGCGAUCACCGACGCCGCGAAGAAAAACCAUCCCUUCUCCGUCAAAGUUGGAUUAGCUCAGGUACUCCGCGGCGGCGCCAUUGUCGAAGUCACUUCUGUAAACCAAGCUAAGAUCGCUGAAUCCGCCGGCGCAUGCUCUGUAAUCGUCUCAGAUCCAGUUCGAUCGCUCGCUGGCGUCCGUCGGAUGCCGGAUCCGGUACUCGUCAAAGAGGUGAAGCGAGCGGUGUCUGUUCCGGUGAUGGCACGCGCUCGCGUCGGUCAUUUCGUGGAGGCUCAGAUCUUGGAAUCUCUGGCCGUCGAUUACAUUGACGAGAGCGAGGUCAUCUCCGUCGCUGACGAAGAAAACUUCAUCAACAAACAUAAUUUCCGAUCUCCGUUCAUAUGUGGCUGCCGAGACACAGGAGAGGCCUUGAGGCGAAUCAGAGAAGGUGCGGCGAUGAUCAGGAUCCAAGGAGAGCUCACCGGGAAAGGGAACAUUUUGGAGACUGUGAGGAACGUUAGGUCAUUGAUGGGUGAUGUUAGAGUCCUGAGCAACAUGGACGACGACGAGGUGUUCACGUUCGCUAAGAAGAUAUCAGCACCGUAUGAUCUGGUGGCUCAGACGAAGCAGAUGGGAAGGGUUCCGGUGGUGCAGUUCGCAUCGGGUGGGAUCACGACUCCGGCUGAUGCAGCCUUGAUGAUGCAGCUAGGUUGCGAUGGAGUUUUCGUUGGUGCAGAGGUUUUCGAUGGUCCGGAUCCGUUCAAGAAAGUAAGGGGAAUUGUUCAAGCUGUUCAGCAUUACAACGAUCCUCAUGUGUUGGCUGAGAUGAGUUCUGGGCUGGAGAUUAGUAGAGCAAUGGAAAGCUUGAGCGUUCAUGGUGACAGGAUUCAAGAUUUUGGCCAAGGAAGUGCUUGAUGGAGGUUACAUUUGCAAAACAUUUUGGACUUGAAAAGUUGUAAUCUUUUUUUGGUUUCUUUCUAAAUGUCUCAUCUUUUGUUGUUAAUGGUGGUGUGUAAUCGGCUUUCUAACUAACAUCUGUUGUGCUGGUGCAAAUGGGCUUCUUUCUCUUGUUGUUUAAUCGAAGCU